GAUUUCAUAUGUUCUAUGGAAAUCCGACUAUUUAGAAAAGGCAAAAGGGAAGCAGAAAAGUGAAAAAGCGUAUAUACCAAAAGCUGACGUGGCAUCCCCUCCUCUGUCUCCCUUUGUUUUCUCCCCCUUUCUUUCCUUCUCCACAAAGCCAAACACUCCCCCUUGUCUUCCCUCUCCCGCUUCCAUUCUUCUUCUUCUUGAUUAUGGUGGUUUUCUGGUGAAUCAGGAUCUUUGUCCUUGUCUGAUUCCGAGUAGAAACAUCGUCGAAGGAGGUGUUUUCCGCCGCUCGGGGAACGGCUGAGAGGUUCAUUAUCAUCGGUCUUCUUCUCACCCUCUGAACCUAGAUUCGCCGCAGAAUUUCUCUGAAGUUUCUUCUACGGGGAAGUUCUCCGAUUUGGUGGAUUGGUGGAAGUUUUCCCUAAGCUGGGAGAAGCAGAUCGUUCGGAUCGAGUCUUCGUAAUUGAGUAGCUUAUUGUUCGAUUCUGCGGCGAAGAAUUGGCGUAAUCGUUCCAUUUUUCUCGCGAUCGGAGUUUCGAAUUCUUCGUUUGGAGAGAUCUUGCUCAAUACGAUCUUCAUGGCGUCGUCUUCUUCGGCUAUGACUGUUCAGAGCCAUUGGUUUUGUCAAAGAUUGAACUUGGAGCUAUGUCUAAAUUCUUGUUUAUCUUCUUCAAGGAAAAGUAGCCACAUUUACGCUGUGACCUGGGUACAUUUAGAGGUGCGCAUUUGAACAAAGCUCCUAUGAUGCAACUCAACGAACAAAUCUCGGGGGGAAAUAACUCUGCAUCCAAGGCAAGGAAACCUUACACUAUCACAAAGGAAAGAGAGAGAUGGACAGAUGGGGAGCACAAGAAGUUUGUCGAAGCCUUGAAACAAUACGGGCGAGCUUGGAGACGCAUACAGGAACAUAUCGGAACAAAGACUGCGGUUCAGAUUCGAAGCCAUGCUCAGAAGUUUUUCUCUAAGAUUGCCCGAGAGACAGCGGGAAGUAACGGGAGCUCAGUGGAACGGAUCGUGAUACCGCCUCCUCGUCCAAAAAGAAAACCGAUGCAUCCUUAUCCACGUAAACUGGGAAACCCAUCUGCUAAAGAAAUCUCAGGCACAGAUCAAUCACGGAGAUCUGUGUCUCCUCCGGACUUAUCAGUCUCAGAAGGAGACGACCAAUCUCCAACGUCGGUUUUAUCCUCUGUUUGUUCGGAUGCCUUUGGUUCUGCUGAUACGAAUUCGCCCAACAGUAUCUUAUCCCCCGUUUCCUCCACACUGCCCUGUGAACUAACACUCUCUGGGCCAUAUGGUUCGACAACCACCUUUGCCAUUGAAGAGGCCGAGUCCUUGACGUUGGAGUUGUUUGGCAGAGAGAGGAGGCUCUUAAGCAGGGAGGAGUCAAUCAAUCCGCCAAAGAAGCAAAGCCUUAAGCUUUUUGGGAAGACUGUCGAGGUAAAAGAUACAUGUUGUACAAGAUCCCCACUAGACUCAAAUGAAGAGAAGCCGAUUCAGCCAUUUCUAUGGAAACUCAGCCCGGAAGAAAAUAUAUUGUGCUGGAUACAGAAGCACAAGCAAGAAGGGGAGAACAGUAAUGGUUUAGAACCCAGAAACUUGGAUGCAAAAGAAGGAGGACAUCAGGAGGAAGGAUCUUCAGGAGGGUCGAAUUCUUGUGGUUCUGAUGACGAUGAUGAUACAGAUAGAGGAGAAGCAGAUAAGGAUUCAGAAGUUGAAGAAGAAACACCAACAACUAGUCACGAGAGGAAGGAAAUCGGGGUUCCAGAGUUUAAACGGAGCGAGAGGUCAGCAUUCAGGCAGCUGAAGGGAACCAGACCAGAAUUGCAGACGAAAGCAUUUGUCCCAUACAAGAAAAGAAAGAUGGGAAUAGAAACAGAGGAUAGAUACUCGGGCAAGAGGAGGGAGACAGGGGAAGAUGGUGACAUUUGCCUCCUCUGCUUAUGACUGACACACAUACCCGAUUUCAGGUACCCAAGACAAAAACAAAGCUGUGUUCUUUGAGAUGAUGCAUGUUGAAUAAUAAGUCAACCAACCAUUUUAAUUGUUCAGUUCAUGGGGUUCACUUCUCUCUCGUUCAAUGUAACCAUUUUUUAUUUGUAAUUUAGAAAGAUUCUGUAAGAAUUUCUCAUGAUUCGACCCCCUUCUCUUCCUUCCUUGA